AUUCACAUUACCGUAGGCUAACAGGGUUUUCUGCGUACAUUUGUAGAGCAUUAUUGACAGGCGACUUGUCAGAGGCCGCCGACUGAGUGCAAAUUAUGAUGCUCGCCAACACGCGUCUUUCCCAGCCUGCCGUUGCCUCCAAGCGCAGCGCAGGUAGCCGUGUCAUCGUGUGCAAGGCCGCGACCACCGUCCCCAACAAGCCGGAGCCCGUGCAGCGCAUUCAGGCCCCUGCACCGGGUGCUCAGGACGACGACAAGCCCUACCUGAACGUGAUCCCCAACAACGGCCAGUGGCAUAACGGCAUCCCGCCGGUGAUGGGCGGUCACCUCAUGUCGAGCGGCACUGUUGCACCCAUCUCCACCUCGAAGGGCGCUGGCAUCGACCUGGUCCCCCACCAGUUCCAGUACCAUGACACCGAGACCGACGUCAACGUGCUUCUGUACGUGACGCCAGAGAAGGCGCAGGCCGGCCUCGUGAAGCUGGUUGAGGAGGCCGCCGCGGAGGCAGUCAAGGCCAAGGGCGCCUUUACGCUGGUGCUGUCGGGCGGCUCGCUGCCCUCUCUGCUCGCCCCCCUGGCCGCCUCCAAGUCCGUUGACUGGUCAAAGACCCACAUUUUCUACGUGGACGAGCGCAACGUGCCGCACAGCUCCGCCGACAGCACGCACAAGGCGGUCAGCGAGGCGCUGCUGAGCAAGGUGCCCAUCCCCGCCGCCCAGGUGUACGCCAUCGCGGAGGGCCUGCCCGUGGGCCAGGCCGCCACGCAGUACGAGGGCCGCAUCAUCUCCAUCCCCGCCGCCGCCCUGCCCCGCACCGAGGGCGCGGCGCUGCCCAAGUUCGACCUCAUCCUGCUGGGCGUGGGCCCCGACGGCCACGUGGCCUCGCUCUUCCCCAACCGACCCGAGACCGCCGCCACCAGCGGCUGGGUGCUGCCCGUCUCCAACUCGCCCAAGCCGCCGCCGGAGCGCAUCACCUUCAGCCUGCCCGUGAUCAACGCCGCCAAGGAGGUGGCCAUCGUGGCGCUGGGCGAGGGCAAGAAGGAGAUCGUGCAGCGCGCGCUGGAGGUGCAGGCGCUGCCGGGCGCGCUGCCGGCGCAGCUGGUGCGGCCCAAGGGCGGCAAGCUCAAGUGGAUCCUGGACGUGGCGUCGGCGCAGGAUUUGGACAUCGCCGCCUGGAACGAGAGCAAGCAGUGGCCCCGCAGCUCCUUCUAAGCAGGCGGCCGUGUUACUGGGCGGCGGCGUAGCUCGCCGGCGGCGGCUAGUGCGUCGCAGCGGCGAAAAGAAGCAGCGGCGCUGCGGUGAGCAGGACACGAUGUGUUGCGGUGGGGUGUUGGGCGAUGUGGGCUGGCGUAAGGAGACGCGACAGCAGAGGCAGUGGCUGCUAGGUAUGGCUGGGAUGGAGGCUGGUAACGGGCCCGGCGGGUGUGGGGCACGGGUUUUGGGCAAGCGGUAGGGAGUUGGCCCGGCCGCUCAGACGGCUCGUGCCCGUUACGUAGGGCGUCGGGUUGAGCAGAUGUUUCACUUGGUUGUGGGCGUGUGUGCGGAACUGACCGUAGCAGGGAGCGCUGGCCCGACAUUGGGGAUCAGCAUAGUAGGCAGCUGUCGCUGUGGGGAUCAGUAUGAACAGUGCGCGCAACUGACCACAGAGCUUGUGCGUUUCUCGUACCUAAUUUCGCCGGAGGCAAGGCAGCAACGCCUUGCGAAGAAACCUGUGUACAAUGGUUGAGAGGUGUGGCGCCGAGAGGGGCAUUUGUCUGUAUGGGAUUCACUGUUUGGUAGGUAUGCGGCGGUGGAGAACCUGUAUGUGAGGGGCUGUGUAAAGCUCAUGGUUG